AUGACGACGAUGAUGGAAGAGACCCCUGGGCCCCUCUGUCUUCUCCGCUGCGGGAAGAGCUGCCUAUCAGUAGGCGCAACAGCAGCAGAACAUCCCUUAGUGACAGCAGCAGCAGCAGAAGCAGAAGCAGCAGCAGCAGCAGCAGCAGCAGCAGCAGUAGCAGUAGUAGUAGCUGGAGAACUGAAGGCUACAGGAGGCACACCAGCACCGUGGCAGCAGAAGCGUACAGGAGCCACAGCAGCAGCAGCAGCAGCAGCUUUUACCGAAGUAGGGAGGGCUUCCGCCUGUUUCCCUCGAAGUAUGGGGACUCAGCCCACAACAGCAGCAACACCAGCAGCAGCAGCAGCAUAA